AUGUCUCAAGCCGGACCAUUCAAUCGAGUACAGUCUGUUUCAGCACCGUUAAAAGGCUCAUUUCCAUUGGAUCAUGAGGGAACAUGCAAGCUCGAAAUGCUCAAGUACAUGUGUUGUCUGCAUGAAAACAAACAUCUAAACAGUGAAUGCCGAGAUGUGGCAAAAGCGUACUUCAAGUGCCGAAUGGACCAUGGCCUUAUGGAAAAAGAUGAAUGGGAUCGCCUAGGUUAUGGAGAUAAGUAG